CAAGACUUCCACGAUUUCACGCCAACGCUGAGAAGGGGAGUGACCUUUCCACCUUGUCCGACUCUGACUUGGGGUGUGAUAAGUGAAUACCCGGUGCCUGGCAGGGACCGUAAAGCCAUUGCCGCGUGCUGUGCGCGCGCGCUUUGAUUAUUUUCCAUGGCUGCAGCGGGAGCGGCUCGAGAGGGCAGAUUCUUGCUGGACCUGUCGCCGCUCUUGGGCAGCGGCACGCAGUUGGACAUCACCCAUGUGGCUGAGACCAUCCGAGGGGACAAGUGGUAUCUGCUGAUGGCCUGCCUGCUGAUCGACAUGAUCGGAGUGGCCAGCUACUUGAUCCUCAUCCUGGGCGAGUUCACGGACAUCCUGUGGGCGCCCAUCGCCGGCUUCUUGUUGCAGUACUUGUUCGGGUCGCUGCUGGUGAGCUCCCUGGGCACCUUGGAGGAGAUUUUGCCCUUCACCGACAUCCUGCCCACGGCCACCUUGGCCUGGGGAAUCUGUCACUUGGAGUGCUUGAGCUUCCUCCGAACGCUCUUGGGAGUGCAGCGUCACGAGCGGCCGCGGCCGGUGGAGAAUCACAUUCGCCAGGACUGAGGCUCCGAAGAACCAGGAGACCAAGCGGAGCUGAGUCACAGAGCAAAGUCCACCGGGUUACCGUUUGGGUGGCUCGUCUCUUUUUUUGAGGGUACCCCCUUUUGGGAAGGGUCCCCGGAAAAAAGACGCUCAUUUUCCAUUAUUUGCGCAGGGUGGCAUGUGUUUACGCCCAAAGGGGCUGCUGCGGGCUGCUUUCGAAAGGAAGACAGCGCCGGAAAGGUAGGAUCUCUGGAGCGUUGGUUAGAUUACUGGCAAGAGCCGUGAUCACAGCAUGGCGGCCAGAGUUCAUGUCGCCGCACUGGUUUUGUGGUGAACCGCGUGCA